AUGGUAAUUGGGUUGGGGUUGGGGUUUGAGAAAGGGGGAGGGAAUGGAAAUGGAAAUGGAAAUGGAAAUGGAAAUGGAAAUGGAAAUGGAAAUGGAAAUGGAAAUGGAAAUGGAAAUGGAAAUGGAAAUGGAAAUGGAAAUGGAAAUGGAAAUGGAAAUGGAAAUGGAAAUGGAAAUGGAAGAGAGAUUAUGAGGAAGAAGAGGAAGAAGGGGAAGAAGGGGAAGAAGGGGAAGAAGGGGAAGAAGGGAAAUUUGGGUGUGGGUGUGGAUGUAGGUGUGGAUUUUGUGGGAUAUAAGGGAUAUAAGGGAUGUUAG